GACAACCACGUUGUGGAGUGGUCACGUCGCAUUAUUUCGUGUCGUAAAGUUUAGAUUAUCAAUGUUUAUAAACAGAAAUCCCGAUGUAUCAUAAAGUAUUUAGUUCGCCAAUAAUUAAAAAUCGUAAAUAAUUAGAUAUAGAGGCAUUAAAGCCCGUGAAUGUUUGGAUUUUAAGUGGAUUUGUACGUUUUAUUCGAGUGUGUAAUCUUGUAUCGGAGUCGUCGGCGAGAACAGCAUCGUUGGUUUUGUUGGACGGUGGAAGAAAAUGUGAGACAAACACUAUGAUUAUGAACUAUCUGGACUGAAGUUUCCCGGGUUUGAUGAACAACGGAUUCAGUCAAGUGGAACAAUGAGGUGGUUUGUGUUGAUACUUUUGGUGCCGGUAUGUUUUGCACACCUCAACGUAUACCUGAGCAGUGCCGAGGUGUGGAGAUUACUUGGUCUCACGGCGGAGUUAUUUUACGUGCGAGAUGGCCAGAUUAACUUCUACGCGCUCAAUUUUGUUGUGCCUGUCCCGGCUACCAUCGAGGAGUUACAUUUCACUUGGCAGAGCCUCACUAGAAGACCGCUGCCGUACACACUACACGUAGAAGUGGUAUCCCAUCAAGAGGCAAUGCAUACGCCUGAGUUCAACAUCUCGAGCGAAGGAUUUGUACCAACAGAACCGCAGACUUGGCAAGUGACACUGCCCUGUACGCACGCCAUGGCUGCAGAAGUCGACAUCACUAUAUCUCUUAACGUAUCUACUGGAUCCUCAUCAACAACAUUGCAUUUCCGCAGAAGAAAAAUAUGCCUGAAGGAAGCACCACGACCGGCCGUGAGAGUCGAUACUGUACCACAUGCGCCUACAUCAGCUGAUAUAUUUUACGCGGGAGCUGGUUGUGCUGGUGGCGUUCUCCUAAUAGCAGCAGUCGCAGCAGCGGCUUGUAGAGCGCGAGCGAGGAAACUCCGAAGAGCACGCAGCGACGAGCAAGACGCUCACGCGUUUCUUCCAGAUUCCUCUUGCAAGUCCGCUGCCAGUUAUACCAGCUAUCGACGACCGACAUCUUUGCCUGCAGCAGCAGCCGAAGAAAGGGCGAGAGACCUUCAGCAAAGGAUAGCCGAAUUGACAAUUCAGAGAUGUCGAGUGAGGUUGCGGUCUGUCGCGAUGGAAGGAACUUUUGGACGCGUUUACAGAGGAACUUAUGCCGAUGAGGACGGAAGAGAGCAGGAAGUGCUCGUUAAAACUGUGGCCGAACAUGCUUCUCAAGUUCAGGUAUCACUACUUCUUCAAGAAGGUUGUAUGCUAUACGGACUGCACCACGAUCGUGUGUUGUCGGUCCUUGGAGUCAGCAUCGAAGACCAAACUGCACCGUUCUUACUAUAUCCUUGGGGAAGCACUUGGAGGAACCUGAAACAAUUCCUACUGGCCUGUAGAGGGGUGAUGACAGUAGGAGGCGCAGCGGGAACAGCACCGCCGCCCCCUCUGACCACACAGCAUGUUGUGCGGAUGGCUCUGCACGCUCUAGAUGGCCUUUUAUAUCUCCAUUCCCAACAUGUGCUGCACAAAGAUAUAGCUGCAAGAAACUGCAUAGUCGACGAAAAUCUUAGGGUCAUGAUCGCAGACAACGCCCUUUCGAGAGAUCUCUUCGCCGCCGACUACCACUGUUUAGGGGACAACGAGAACAGACCGAUCAAGUGGCUAGCCUUAGAGUCUUUGACCAAGAGGCAGUUCAGCCCGUCGGCUGAUGUCUGGGCGCUAGGAGUUCUACUAUGGGAGCUGACGACCUUGGCGCAUCAGCCAUAUGCCGAAGUGGACCCGUUCGAGGUAGCAGCAUACCUGAGAGACGGUUACCGGUUGCAGCAGCCUGCUAACUGUCCCGAUGAAUUAUUUGCGGUGAUGGCGUACUGCUGGGCAAUGUCCCCCGAUGACCGACCCACGCUGCAACAGCUUCAAAUAUUCCUAAGAGACUUCCACACACAGCUUACCAGAUUCGUCUGAACAAUUCCCAUGAACUCUUUAAAAGACAACCCAAAGACGACAAUAAAUUAGGUGGAA